CGAUGGCUGUAGGCAGUUCUUUAGGGCGGGUCCAAGUGGACGUAUACCCAUUUACUCUGUCAGACUGUUUUAAAUAAGUACAGACUCACUAAUUGUAGUCCAGUUCAGAUCAGUGUGUUCAAGUAACGAGAACUGCGGAUUGGCGAGGUCGCUACAUUUAACGGACUAUCCGAAGUGGAGCGAUUCCAGCGAGAUUUCCCCCUGAAAAUAACUGGGUUUGUUAAAACUUCAGAGUUCAACAUGCCUCGGUCUUUCCUGGUAAAAAAGUAUUUCACCAGCAAGAGGCCAAACUACAGCGAGUUGGAAUGUCAGAACGAUACUUUGCUAGACAGAUACCCACUAGCAGAACUUCCAGCAGUCACCAGUGACUUCCCAGUAACUUGCUUAACCACUGGACUGGUUUGGGACGUCAGCUUGCUACCUUCCCUACACGAUCCCACAUCCCCAUCCACCCUUUCCCCUAGCCAGGGCCCGCUGGACCUCAGCUCCCCAUCUAGUGUCAGCUGCAGCAGCAGUGGGGAAGAAGAUGAAGGACGCACGUCUGACCCACCGAGCCCUGAUUCCUCAGACACCUACCAUCCCCAGCAGACCAGCAGGCCGAGGCGCAGCAACAAGAACAGGGCAGGACAGAGAGAGGAGGCCACUGUCCCAGCCACUCGACCAGCCUUCUUUUGCAAGCACUGUCCCAAAGAAUACAACAGUCUCGGUGCCCUGAAGAUGCACAUCCGCUCACACACACUACCAUGUGUCUGUCCCACCUGUGGAAAGGCCUUCUCGCGACCCUGGCUGUUAAGAGGACACAUUCGCACACAUACAGGUGAGCGUCCGUUCUCCUGCCCACACUGUAACCGUGCCUUCGCGGACCGUUCUAACCUGCGUGCACACCUGCAGACCCAUGCAGAUGUGAAGAAAUACCAGUGCAGCACCUGUUCUCGUACCUUCAGCCGCAUGUCCUUGCUGCAGAAACACAGUGCAGCCGGCUGUUGUCCCUCCACGGCCUGAGGGACAACUGAGGGAGGCGGGAGCCAUUUGAUUUUAAUUCAGACACGGUGCCUUGUGAGAUAAUAAUGACCGUGCACUUCUCCUAUCAACACCUUCACUAGAUGCAGUAUGCGACAGGAGAAGGAUGAAGUGACAUUUCAGCGGACUUCUUAAACAUAACACGGUCAAUACAUUUCCAAAUGCCACAGACAUUUUGCCAAACUAAAUUACUUCAAAUGAAGGAAUUAUGAAUGUUUAAAGUAUAAUAGCUGUUCAGCUAGGAGUCUUGAACCAGGGACAACUGCUGUCAGGUUGGGGGUGGGCUCACAUGUAGGGUAUGUCUCUCAACAUGACACACACACAUACACGCGAACAUAAGCAUACAGACAGACAGCUGUUCUGUGGUGCGGAGGCAGUGUGCUAACAGGUGCCCUGGCCCUGAACGUCACAUCUCUGAUAACAGGUGGCGUCUACCGAGUUCUCUAGAAACACACAUGGAGAGAGUUGUGACGGACCACAGUUGACCGUGUUGUUUUUUUAAAGUUGGUUUCAGUGGGUUUUAACCUGCAUGUGCAAGGUCCAUCACUUGUUUUUACUGAUGUUAGUUUGUUUCACCAAGUUAUUUUUGUUACUGUCCUUUAUCAGUUUUUGUUGUACAUGGACUGAGUUUUAAAAUGCACUCCAAUUUACCAAAGAGUAUUGAAGUCCUGUCGUUUUAUAUUAUUAAAACGAAUGAUUGGACCAUUGAAACCAAAGCCAUUCUACUUUUUGUAAAUUCAAGAAGUUUUUUUUUUGUACCUCAGUGUUUUUUCAAGUGAUGAGAUGCGACGUUUCUGUAUUUUUAUCUGAUGUGAAGAAAAGGACUUUCUCAGUAAAUAGACAACAAUGUUUUAUCAUAUGCUGUCCACUAUUCUUGUGGAUGUAUUGACCAUUAUAUGUAACAAUUUAUUGAUGACACAAAUCGUGCAUGACAUGUUUUCUUAAUAUUGAAUGAGUUCAGUGCAAUUUUAUU